UAUCAUUUUUAACUCUGAGUUUUCUAAACCGGGUUUCUGAAACAGGGCCCUGGUAUAUGUAUUCAUGUAAUGUUUAACAAACACUUUCAAUUUAAAAAAACAAAACAAAAAACAAAACCCACCGACUCUCUGGUGUGACGCAAAUAUGAUGUGCGCAAACCCGGAAGCGCCUCAAAGCACGCGUCUUUCUCGCGAAGCACAAUGGAGCUUCAGUCUCUUCAGACAGAAACGAUGGAGGAGGCGACACAGACCAGAGGAGCUCAGCAAGAAGAGAACUCAGGGAUGAAGAGGAAGCAUGUUGAAGAUGAAGAAGAGAAGAUGUCACCUAGCAAGAAGCAGGUGCCUGAUCACAGUGUGAAGGUGGCAAGUCACUACAACCAGCUGCAGGAAGUCGGCCUGGCAGCUCGUAGCAGAAGCCGAAUUUUCUUCAUGAGGAACUUCAACAACUGGCUGAAGAGUGUUCUAAUUGGUGAGAUCUUGGAGCAGGUAAGAGGGGCGGGAUCUCAGGAGGUCUCUGUGUUGGACCUUGGUUGUGGAAAAGGAGGAGACCUACUGAAGUGGAGAAGAGGAGGGAUCGAUCACCUGGUCUGUGCAGAUAUUGCAGGGGUUUCUGUGGAGCAAUGUCAGAUUCGUUAUGACGAGAUGAAAAAAAAGAGUCACCGUAACGAGAAAAUCUUCACUGCUGAAUUCAUCACAGCAGACUGUUCAAAGGAGUUGUUGUCAGAGAAACUGGAUGAUGCUGAGCUUAUGUUUGACAUCUGCAGCUGUCAGUUUGUGUAUCAUUACUCAUUUGAGAGUGAGCAGAAGGCUAAUAUGAUGCUGAGAAAUGCCUGUGAGCGUCUUAAACCUGGAGGGUACUUCAUCGGUACAACGCCAGAUGCCUUUGAACUUGUUAAACGUUUGGAGGCAUCUGAUUCGCUGUCAUUUGGUAAUGAGGUUUUCAAAGUGACCUUUCAGUCCAAAGGUUCCUACCCUCUGUUCGGAUGUCAGUAUCACUUUAACCUCGAGGAAGUCGUCAACGUUCCAGAGUUCCUCGUCUACUUUCCUCUCUUUGAACACAUGGCGAAGCAGUACAAUAUGCAGCUGGUGCUGAAACAAAGAUUUGCAGAUUUCUUUGAGGAGAAGGUGAAGAAGGAGAAUCAUCGCAGCCUCAUGAUGAAAAUGAUGGCUUUGGAGCCAUUUCCCAGUGAGGAUGGUCAGCAAGCCUCAGACAGUGCAGAGGAAUACUGUCAUGCUAAAGAGCACUGUGACCGAGCCGAUGUCAGAACUCCCCUGGGAACGCUGAGCAGAUCUGAGUGGGAAGCUACCAGUAUCUACCUGGUGUUUGUGUUCCAGAAGAUGUCCUGAUGCUGUGCUCACCUGCUGCUGUUUGUCUCACUGUUCUUCAGCUCAUAUUUGUGUUUCUGUUGCUUUAAGUCAUUUUUGAUAAGAAAUGUUUGUUUUGUUUGCAAAUGAAAUAAAACUUCUGUCAAACUGUU